CCUCGGGCAACUCACCUGAGGGCGGAGGGUUCGGCGUGCUUGGUCUGCAGCCGGAUUGACCUCGCGGAGCCAUGGAAAGUGGCUUCAGUUCCGAUUUCGGGGGCUCCGGCGGCGGGAAACUGGAUCCGGGUGCCAUCAUGGAGCAGGUGAAGGUCCAGAUUGCCGUGGCCAACGCGCAGGAGCUGCUACAGAGGAUGACCGACAAGUGUUUCCGGAAGUGCAUUGGGAAGCCGGGGAGCUCUUUGGACAAUUCGGAACAGAAAUGCAUCGCCAUGUGUAUGGACCGGUACAUGGACGCCUGGAACACCGUGUCCCGGGCCUAUAACUCAAGACUGCAACGGGAACGAGCCAACAUGUAAAGAAGAGGUGGGGAGCCAGCCUGGGGUCCACCCCAGUCUUCCCUCGUGCCCACCUCGUGUCCAUCUCUAUAAAUGUACUUUGUGAGGCACGUGCCAGCCAACACACGCCUGCUGCCUGCCUUGGUGUACGAGAAUGGCACGACUGUGAGGGGACAUUUGGGACUCACACCUGCAACCUGUGCCACUUGGCUUGGGGGUCUCUGACUUUGCCCAAGCCUAGCAGCUCGGUGGACUUUCUCUGGGCCCGGCAGUCACCAGCCCCUGCCCUGGUGCACCCGGUUCUAGCCCGGGCCAAGAACCCUCCUUUGGACCUUGGGGUGUAGGGGGAGACCCCAUCUUAGCUGUGGCCUUCUGAGGAUGCACCAAUAAAUUGCUGUGCCUGGGGCAGAGAAAACCCCUGCACUUUCCCUGGGGAA